AUGGCGGCGAGAAAGUUGCAAACAGAGAUCGACAAGACCUUGAAAAAGGUCGCAGAAGGCGUCGAGAUCUUUGAAGACAUGUACGAGCUCCUUCAACGCUCCACAAAUCCGACACAGAAGGAAAAGAUGGAGUCGGAUCUCAAAACCCAGAUCAAGAAGCUCCAACGACUACGCGAUCAGAUCAAGACAUGGGUGCAGAGCAACGACAUCAAGGACAAGAAGCCGUUGCUCGACAACCGAAAGCUCAUCGAGACCCAGAUGGAAAAGUUCAAGGCGAUCGAGAAGGAGAUGAAGACCAAGGCAUUCUCCAAAGAGGGUCUCAUAGCGGCCGCAAAGAUGAACCCCAAGGACCGCGAGAAGGCAGAAGUGACCGACUGGUUGUCCACGCAAGUCGACGAGCUCUCACGACAAGUCGAAUCCGCUGAGGCAGAGAUCGAGACCAUCUCGGGGUCAGGAAAGAAGAAGAAGGGCUCGGCGAAAGACGAACGGGCGUCGGAGCUGGAGAAUGCCAACGACCGCAGAAAUUGGCACAUCUCGCGACUCGAGAUCCUCUUGCGCAUGCUCGAGAACGGCAACCUCGAAACCGAGCGCGUCACCGACAUCAAGGAGGACAUCUCGUACUUUGUCGAGUCCAACAUGGAGGAAGACUUUGAAGAGGACGAAGGCAUCUACGACGACCUCAACCUCGACGACGGCGAGGAGGCGUUCGGUCUCAAGGAGAAUGAUGACGUGCAAAGCAACGUCGACUCGGUCGCCAAUCCGGAUGACAUCAGCUUCAGCGAGAUGAACAGCACGCCCUCCAAGCCGCGACGAGAGAGCAUGGCCGAGAUCAACACCAGUGCGCCUGUUCUUCCACCAAGCGUCACGGGGACCACGACGACUACAAGCACCACCAGCAGCAGCAACAAUAACAACAACAAGAAGGAGGCAACAGCGUCGUCGCCCGUUUCGGCAGCUCCCGAACCACCUGCGGCGUCGCCCGCUGCACCUGCGGUAGCCGCGGCCAAGAAGACAACCAAGAAGGCAUCGCAGGAGACUGUUGCUGUGCCCAAGGAGAAAGCGGUGCCCACUGCCAACUUUGCGCAGGCCAAAGCACCAUCUGCGUCGCAAGCGGCUGUUCUUUCGCCUCCCAAGGCGCCCAGCGCAGCACCGCUUCCGCCGAUCCGAUACGCUGCGGCUGCGGCGGCAGCAGUGGCAGCAAGUGCUGCUGCAGAUGCGGUGGCCGUCUCGCCUGCUACGACGACAGCCUCGAUCGCCAACGAGUCGACGACGGACUCCAUCACUGGCAUCCCAUCAGCAGCGUCUGCGGCGCCUAGCUCGCAAGCACAAGCAGCAUCGGCUGCGCCUCAGCCAGUGGGUGCUCCGGCGACGCCUGUCAAGUCGAGCGUUGAUGCUCUCAAGAACGAUGCCAGCGACAAAGCACGAUCGGCAUCGCCCGCGCCACCUGGGCUCACCAAGAUGGACUCGGCAAGCAACAACGCGGCAGCACCAGGCACACCGGCUCAAGACGGCAACACUUCAGGAUUCCAGCCCGCACAACUGGCAGCUUCUUCGGCGGCAGCAAGUGUGGUGCAGCCGGCAGGCGGAGGAGCUGGCACGGCGGCACAGCAAGCAGCGGCGCAAAAGGAAGCGGGCACGGAAGCACGACUGCCGACGUCGCUCACGGAUCUGGUCUCUUCGUUUGAGUCAGCCAAGCAGAAGUCGCUUCGUCGGGACGCCAAUCUGGGGCUGGUGCACAAGUCGCUCGAGUCGUCGUUCAUGAACGUGCCCGAGCCGCUCGAUUCGGACAAGCCUCGAUACUAUGUGCCCAAGAAUCCGUUCCCGACGCCGAGCUACUACCCGCAGUCACCCGCAAGCGUGUUCGACAACCCGGCGCUGUACUCCAAGUUUGACGUGGACACGCUGUUCUACAUCUUCUACUACCAGCAAGGCACGUACCACCAGUACCUGGCGGCCAAGGAGCUGAAGAAGCAGAGCUGGCGAUUCCACAAACAGUACCUGACGUGGUUCCAGAGGCACUCGGAGCCGCAAGCGAUCACGGACGAGUACGAGCAAGGCGUGUACGUCUACUUUGACUGGGAAGGCAGCUGGUGCCAACGCAAGAAGUCGGAUUUCCGCUUCGAGUAUCGAUGGUUGGAAGACAACUAG